AUGCUGAGACUCAUCACAAGAUCAAUGAAAACCAUCGGAGUUGUUGGCGCAGGCCAAAUGGGUAGUGGCAUUGCCAUCGUUGGUGCUUUGAAUGCUAACCUUACUGUUAAAGUUAUGGACUCCAAUGAUGAACAAAUCGAAAGGUCUCGCAAGUUCAUUGGUGACUGGCUCGACAAAAAGUCAGCCAAAAAUCCAAUAGCUAAUCUUGCAGAGGUAAAAGGCAGAAUCCAUUACAUCAAAGAAUCCAAAGAAUUAGGAGACUGCGAUUUUGUCAUAGAAGCUAUAUCAGAAGUCGUAGAGGCCAAGAUGAAACUAUUUAGACAUAUAAGCCCUAUCCUUAAGCCAGACGCCAUUCUAGCGACCAAUACAUCUUCAAUUUCCAUCACAAAACUAGCGGCAAAUGCUGAAUAUCCUGAUAAAGUCAUUGGAAUGCACUUCAUGAAUCCUGUCCCUGUCAUGAAACUAGUAGAAAUGAUUAGAGGACUCCAAACUAGCGACCAUACUGUCCAUAAGACUAAGGAAUUAGCAAAAUUAAUGGGAAAAACUAUUAGUGAAAGCAAGGAUAUGCCAGGAUUUAUUGCAAAUAGACUGCUAUUGCCAUAUAUUAAUGAAGCUAUUCAAGUACUCAGUGAAGGCAUUGCGACCAAGGAAGACAUAGAUAAAACAAUGAAGCUUGGAACCAAUGUGCCGAUGGGGCCACUAGAACUAGCUGAUUUUAUAGGACUGGAUACAUGCUUGUAUAUUAUGCAGGUUUUGCAUAGAGACCUUGGAGACUCCAAGUACAGACCUUCUUGCUUGCUAGUGAAUUAUGUGAACGCAGGAUGGCUUGGUAAAAAAGUAGGCAAAGGAUUUUAUGAUUACUCCCUAGAAAAAAAGCAAUAA